AUGGCGUUUGCGCGCGUGGGCCCUGAGGCCUCGUUCUUCGAGGCCCUGGACCAGCACAGGGCUGCCCUGCUGGCCACCCUGAGGAGAGACGGAGGGGAGCCGGAGGGCGGGGGGACCCGCCAGGCCUCUGGUUCUGAAGUUCUUGCCUCUAUAGAACACAUCAUCCAAGAAGUAAUCACGAGCUUGGCGAGAAAUGAAGCACCUGCUUUCACAACAGACUACAGGUCCAGCUGGGAAAACAUAAGGUUUGAAGAGUCCGUGGGCCUUCAGAUGGUGUCUCACUGUACCAUGAGAAAAAUAAGAAGUGAUUCACCAAAAUCAGCUAAGAAAUUUGCUUUAAUUCUCAAAAUAUUGUCCAUGAUUUAUAAAUUAGCGCAGAGCAACACUUACGCAACCAAAAGGGACGUGUAUUACACGGACAGCCAGCUCUUCGGCAGCCAGACCGUUGUGGACAAUAUUAUCGAUGACAUUUCUUGUAUGUUAAAAGUGCCAAGGAGGAGUCUACAUAUACUGUCGACGUCCAAAGGCCUGAUCGCGGGCGACCUGAGGUUCAUGGAGGAGGACGGCACCCAAGUGAGCUGUCACGGCGGCGCCUCGGCAGUUCCAGUGCCAUCUAAUAUUCAAGGACUGCAGAAUUUAAUUACAGAUGCAAAAUUUGUAUUAAUUGUAGAAAAAGACGCCACAUUUCAGCGACUACUAGAUGACAACUUCUGCAACAAAAUGUCCCCUUGCGUCAUGGUCACGGGGAAAGGGGUGCCCGACCUGAACACGAGGCUUCUCGUCAGGAGGCUGUGGGACGCCUUCCACAUCCCCGCCUUCGCGCUCGUGGAUGCCGACCCUCACGGCAUAGAAAUCAUGUGCAUCUAUAAGUAUGGAUCUGUGUCCAUGUCCUUUGAAGCCCAUCGCCUCACAGUUCCAGCUAUCAGAUGGCUCGGGCUCCUGCCUUCUGACAUUAGAAGGUUAAAUAUACCUAAAGAUACUUUAAUUCCCUUGACAAAACGGGACCAGAUGAAACUUGACAGUAUCCUGAAGAGACCUUAUCUUACCUGCCAACCAUUUUGGAGAAAAGAAAUGGAAAUAAUGGCAGACUCCAAAGUGAAGGCAGAGAUCCAAGCCUUGGCCCGCCUCUCGUCGGAUUAUCUCUCCAGAGUCUACUUACCCAGCAAGCUCAAGUUUGGGGGGUGGAUAUAA